AUGAAGACUUUGAUUCUACUGUGCCUGGCAGUCGCAGCUUACUGCGUGCCAAUACCGCAGGAGGUUACUGUGGAAGAUGAAUAUUUUGCAGAGAGCUACCUGAAGAAUUUCUUCAACCUAACAGAGGAGACCGGCCCAACUAUCAGACGGGGGAUCAGCCCGGUGAGCAAGAAGCUGAGUGAGAUGCAGAGAUUCUUUGGUCUCAAGAUCACCGGGACACUGACAGCUGACCUUGCGACAAGGGAGAAGAUGAAGAAGCCCCGCUUUGGUGUUUCCAGACACCAAUGUUGCCAGUUUCUCCACAUUUGGAAUAACCCCAAAUGGGAGAAAAACAGCCUCACCUACAUGAUAGAGAACUACACGCCUGACAUGUCUACAUCAGAAGUGGAUGACUCCAUAGAGAAAGCUCUGCAGGUUUGGGCCGAUGUCACCCCUCUGAGAUUCACUAGAAUCUACAGUGGCACCGCUGACAUCAUGAUCUCCUUCGGAAGCAAAUCACAUGGUGAUUUUUACCCCUUUGAUGGCCCUGAUGGCAUUCUCGCCCAUGCCUUCGCCCCAGCCCCUGGCCUUGGAGGAGAUGCUCAUUUUGACGAGGAUGAGACCUUCACUUUCCGCUCAAAUACCGGCUAUGUUCUCUUCAUGGUGGCUGCCCAUGAGUUUGGCCACUCCCUGGGCUUGUCUCACUCUAAUGAUCCUGGUGCUCUCAUGUACCCUGUGUACACAUACAGUAACCCUGACACUUUCGUUCUGCCCCGGGAUGAUGUCAAUGGCAUCCAGUCUCUCUAUGGUCCAAACCCUGACAAGGAUCCUGUCCAGCCUGGACCUGAGCCCCCUACCACCCCCAAUUCCUGUGAUUCAGCCUUGGUCUUGGACGCCGUCAGCACCCUGCGAGGAGAAAUGAUCUUCUUCAAGGACAGCUUCUUCUGGCGUAGCUACCCUCAGAGCACGACGCCUCAGCAGAGUCUCAUCACAAACUUCUGGCCUAAUGCCCCCAUCAACAUUGACGCUGCUUAUGAAAGCCAAUACUCAGACAAUAUCUUACUCUUUAAAGGUCGCAGAGUGUGGGCUUUCAGUGGUUAUGAUCUUGUACGUGGCUAUCCUAAAUCAAUUUCCAGCUUUGGUCUGCCAGAAAGUGUUAGUAAAAUCGAUGCUGCCCUCUAUGAUGUGGAAUCUGGCAAGACUCUGUUCUUCGUAGGCAGCUCUUACUACAGUUAUGAUGAGGCCAAAAAGACCAUGGACCAGGGAUUCCCCAAGCGGUCUGAUGAGACCUUCACCGGCCUGACCAGCAAGGUGACUGCAGCUUUCCAGUACAAAGGUUAUACUUACAUCAACAGAGGACAGCACAUGUUGAAGUACAACCUGAGGACUGGAAGUUUGCUUCGUGUGCUGAGAACCAGCUACUUAUUGCAAUGCACUAACUUCUAGACCAGUUUACUAGCUAAGUUGUUUAUGUAGCCACUCUGAAUAAGAAUGAAUGUACACUAGCAGUGUUAAAAUAGUACAUUUUAAAUAUGUGUUCUGAUUCUAAAUAUUAUGUUUUC